AUGAUGGGCUCUCAGUUAGAUAAAGUUAAAGAAUUGACUGGCGGUGAUGGAGAGAAAAAAGAAGGUGGUGGUGCUGAUGAUGAAGAAGAUCCAGAGGUCGCUGAAGCUCGACGUGAAGCCGAUGAAAAACGUACAGCAAAAUAUGCCAAAAUGGAACGUCAACGAGAAGAAGUUCGACAAGGAAUUAGAGAAAAAUAUAAUAUCAAAAAAAAAGAAGAAGCAGCUCCACCAAUUCCAUUACCAUGCGAAGGACGUUUAACUCAAGAUAAAAAAGGACCUAUUCCUUUACCAGAUGAUGAUGAUAGUUUUGAUCCAAUUAAAAUGGCAACUGAUGCAUUGAAUACUAUCACUGAAAAACUACCGUUUAAAUUGCCUUGGAAAUAA